AUGGAGCACUUAGACACCACUAGGUACCGUAAGGACUGGAACGACCCUGAGUGGCAAAGCCCCACUAAAGCUGGUGGUAAUACAUAUUUGAAUUAUGCAUCUCCUCAAAGAAGUGGUUUUAAUACAUCACCUCAAAGGACAGUGUUUGGUGCUUCGCCCCAGAGAACUAAUCCUCAGCCACAUGUUUAUACAUCUCCGCAAAGAAAUAAUGUCUUUAUGAAUACUUCUCCUCAAAGAAAUGAUGCGUUUAUAAAUACUUCUCCUCAAAGAUUAAAUACUUUUAUGAAUGUAUCUCCUCAGAGAUCAAACGUGUUUGUGAAUACGUCUCCUCAAAGGACUAGUUUUAAUCCAAAUAGCAAUAGGCCAAACUUGAAUUGGUCUACUGUCGAAAGUAUACUUCCUCCAAAUCCAAUGGUUAAUAGUCCAUCGAAGUAUAACAAUAAUAAUAACAACAAUAACAACAACAACAACAACAACAAUAACAACAAUAAUAACAAUAAUAACCGUACUAGUCCGUACAAAAACAAUUCUAAUACCACUAACUCAAACAACAAAUAUUAUAACAAGCUUAACCAAUCGAAUAGUUAUUUGAUCAACAACAAUAAUAAUAAUAACUCUUCGAAUAAUCGUCACAGUUCACCCACGAAAAAUAGCAACAAUAAUAACAAUAAUAAUAACAAUAAUAAACAGAAACAGCUCAAAUUGAAGGAGAUUUACGAUGAAAACUCUUUGCCGGUGAUGAAUAGGAUGUAUAUAGAACAAUCGAUUAGAUCUAAGUACUUUAAUAAUUCGAUCGAUUUGAAUCAAUUCUUUAAUGAUUCCACGACAAAUACAAACUCAAGUAAUAACUCUAGUAUGAAUAAAUUGAAGCCGAUAAUAAACACCUUACCAAAACAUUUGAAAAAUGUCUCAAGAAAGAAAUACAAAUUGAUCAUUCCAUUGAGAAAACUACAGCAAGAUUCAAAAGGUGAUAAUAAAACAAUAAAUGAAUUGAUGGCCACUCGUAAUGACUCUAAUGAUCAAAUUAUUCAAUCUUUUGGUAAACCAAAUUUGAAAAUUAGUGAUUUGACCAAAGAUGAAGAUAAAUUAAUCUUGAAAAAUUAUUUACUUAAUACCAUUAAAAUUGUUAAUCCAAUCCAUAGAAAACUGAUAAAUUCAAAUCCACAUCUUCAAAUCAAUCCAGCCACUACAACUGCUCAAACACCAGCAUCGACAACUGCCACUGCAACAACUGCCAAUACGGCUUCGAAUCUAAUUCAAAAUAGUUUUGAUCUAAGUUUUGACGGCAAGGCAUUAGAUCGAAGCGAUAUCCUAAGAAUGGUCGAUUCAUUCAGUGUAGCUUUUUCAGAUGAAGAAAAUGAUAAUGAAAUCAAUAUAGAUAAAAACAAGGAUAAGGAAAAGGAAAAGGAUCCAAACACAACUACAACUAUGAACAAAAAAUCAAUGCUCAGAUUCAAUCCUCAUUCAAGAAAUAUCUUGCCUGCAGAAAUGACAAGUAGCGCCUUUUAA